AUGAGCAGAGGUGGAGGAGAUGUAGAAAAGCCCAGGUCUCGGAAAUCAACAGUUCAGGAACAAGCUCCUUCUGCUGGAGCAGUUGUUGCAGAAACUCCAGAAGGCACAGUGCCUAUCCUGUGCAAAGCACUGCCUGCCGCUGUCCAGGUGAAGCGUCAUUCCCGUAGCUCAUGGACUGACUCUGAAAUCAGGGUCUUCCUGCAUGAGUGGGAAGUAGUUGAACAGGAAGUGGGCCACACAGGCAGGAAGAUGCACAAGAAGACCAAGUUUCUUUGUCAGCGCCUCUAUCAUCGGGGCCUGAAGAAGAGCUGGAAAAGCUGUUUCCACCUACUGCGGAACCUGCAGGAUCUGCACAGGACUCUCUGUAAUGAGAGGCCGGNGAUUGAACCCUUGUUUUCUCCUUAUGCAGAGGCCCUGUACAAGAUCCUGGGCUCCAGUCCCCAGGAAAGCUGGUUCCCAGGUCCUCUCUAUGAUGGGGCUGGUGACCCCAUGACCCCCGUGUACCCUCAGCCUCCCAGUUACCAGCCUUCGGAUUAUGGCAUCACCGGUCCUUCUGAGCAGCUUCAAGGGAAUCUGCUGCCAAUGAUGUCGCAGGAGGAUUCCCCGUUUCCCACGUGGGAGCCCUGGAAUCCCAGCUAUCCAUUGUCAGUUCCGCACCUACUUCCUGGCUUUGUCCCAGGAGACCCCAUCCUCCAGCAGCCAUGGUCUAGCUGUGAUUUACACCAAGAUCCCCAAUGA